UACGCGGACGCGAGUUGGCGUCUGGCUUCAGCCUUGAUCACGCGUUUGCGCCGCUUCGAUACAACGCGAAUUUAUUAUUAUUUUUUUUUAUUGACUGUUAGUUGCCAGUACACAUUGUCUGUGGUUAUUAGUGGCUUUACAGAUUGAGUAAAAACUUUUUGUAGACUGUGGCUGUUCUUAACUCGGUUGUGGUGUGAAUACAAUGGGACUUCGUUUAUAGUGAUUUUCGUCGCGAGAAAAUGAAAACGUGCGCGUACGUGAAUUCUACAUCGCGAUGCAGCGUUGCCCCUACAUCCACGAGAUGAAGGAGCGGCUGCUGGGCGCGCCCCCCGAAACCCCGGACACGAGGGAGGCCAGAGAGGCGCGGGAGGCGAGGUUAGCGGGGGAGGGACCCCGUGACCGCGCACUCGAACAAAUUCAAGACACCCAGGUCGGCACCAUCGUCAAACUGAAUUCCGACGGGUACGGUUCGCAUACGUCGCCGGCGCGGGCACCGCUGGUGACGGAUGAAUGCGAGGCGCCCGCGGAUGAGACGGACGCUCUGUCGCCCACAGAAGCAGUACUACGGUACAGAGCUUGCUGUCAGCCGGACACUACGCCCAAAAAUGCCAAAACCUCACUAUUCAUCAUCUCAAGUUUUAUUUACGCUAAACUACUGGUAGUGGUUUGCAUCGCGUACGUGAUCAGCGAUGUCAUCACCCACAACCUCCCGCUCUAUUACUACGAGGGUUUCUUCACCUAUUUGUAUGGAAUGAGCAUACUGUUCCUGCUCUACGUCUUCUGUUUCCUACUUCAGGAAAGUGCUUGCUGCAACGGUAGCCCGCCAAAACCGAAGCCACCGCCGAAAGAAAAGAAACCCAAGAAAGAAAAGGAAAAGAAGACCAAAGAUAAAGAAGGAAAGGAAGGCAAGGAUGGAAAAGACGGUAAAAAAGAUUGCAAGAAGGAAGGGAAAUCCAAGGACAAGGACAAGGAUGCCGGAAAGGAGAAGGCGACUAAAGAGAGCAAGAAGCAAAGUCAAUUCCAGGAGGUGUAUCCACGUAAGAUGCGCGAUAAAGUACGACAACAACAAUUACAAAUGCAAAUGGCUCAGUUGUAUGCGUCCGAUCAGCAACAAGAUGUCGUGGAGUUGGAAGCCGGUCCUGUUGCAAGACCAAUGCGCCGGCGAAAGACUUCGCAGAACGACCAUAGCCACGGAAGCUUCUUCCUUAGAAUUGGCGCAAUUGCAUUUGGCCUGGGCACCAUGAUCUACAAUGGAUUGGAAUUCGGAACAUUCUUUGAGUUGCCUUUAGAUUCACCUUGUUAUCUCAUUCUCAAAGGUGUCAACCCAGUGCUGCAGAUGGUCUUUACAUUUAUGCAAAUGUAUUUUAUUUUUAUGAAUUCGAGAUUGAACAUCCAUCGGUUCAAAGUAAUCGCUCGAUUCGGCCUCAUGCACGUUGUCGCUACCAACAUUUGUGUUUGGAUUCGCACUCUGGUGCUGGAAUCUCUGAAAGAGAUUACCGAUUACCAUGUAAAGAAUCCUCAGGGUAUCCCUGGUGAAGGCAUACUUGGAAAAGUCAUCCGGAAACAUACCUUGAGACAUUCUGGUAAAGUAUUUGGCGCGGCUACCACUGCCGCUACGAGCGUCGCAGCCACAGCAGUCUCUAUGGCCAAGAGUACAAGCGAUCAGAUACUGAAUGUCGUCACCACCACCGUUGCUGCACCUACUACCACUUCAACUACGACUAAUUCAACGGAACUGUUCGAGUCUUUCGAUAUCUUGAACCCGGCGGCCCUGAUUGCCAAUAUCGAUAAUACAACUGUCUGUGGAAGGAAUCCAAUCAUGGGCACCAUCGUAACUGACUCCGCUCCAUAUCUUUACCCGUUUAUCAUUGAGUAUUCGCUUAUCGGUGCUGCCGUCAUUUACGUUAUGUGGAAGCAUAUUGGAAGAUACCCAAGCGUGGCGAACGAUGAAGAUCUGGAAAGACGUCUGGAAGCUGUUCUCUCCCGCAGGGCGGCGGCGCUGGCGGCUGCGCAGCGCGGCAACCGUGUCGACUGUGCCGGAGCUUCCAAGGGCCUCUUCUGUGGAUUGCUGCUUUUGGUCGCAUCUCUUAUCUGCUUGAUCUUAUUCUUCGUCUUGAUCAGACAUCACGAACUGAAGCGUCUCUCGAUUUACUUGGCCGAUGUCUCCCACUGCGCUCUCAUGGUCUUGUCGAUUUUGGCCAUUUUGAUUGGGUUUAUACGUGGUCGUAAAUUAAAAUGGAGCGCCAAUCCUUCCUGUACCGAGCCUCUUCGCAGGGUGCAAUCUUUGAAGUUUCGUUCAGAAGAACAAUCGGAUUUGAAUGACAUCUUGCUCCGUGUAUCUGCGUUUGGACUCUUCGUAUACGCCGUGUUCAGCGUCAUCGCCGGCGGUAUGGGCGCUUUCACUCAUGAACCGAACUUGCUCGUCAUGAUUACUGGAUGUUUAAGCGUGCUCCAGGUGGUUCUUCAGCUGUUGUUCAUUGCUGACGUGUCUCGUCGCCGCGUGCACCUUCCCGAACAGGAGCGCAGCAAGCCCGCGCGCCAGGCUGUCACCUUCUUGCUUAUCUGCAACGUUACCAUGUGGCUCAUCUACACCUUCGAGGCCCAGAAAGUUCUCGCUAACCCGGUGCAACUUGAUUUCUACGGUUUUGUUGCCUGGUCGCUGGUACAACGGUUCACUCUGCCACUUUGCAUCUUCCAUCGUUUCCACUCCGCGGUCACUCUCGCUGAGAUCUGGAAGACUAGCUACAAAGCGCGUCUUGAGUGAACGCAUCCAUAAAUGGAUUCAAAAUCCAUUCUUCGAGAAUCAGAAACCCAUUACUAUUCAGGGUGAAAGAUAUCGAUUUCGUCCUCGUCCGGGACAGCAAUUUUAAUAGGUAGAGCAAAUAAAUUUGUUGCUAGAUUUGAAUCGUCUUGCUCUUUCGUCUUAAUAUAGUUAUAGGAUUGGAUUAGUACUUUGAGAUGUUUCGAUAAUCUAGAAUCGGAAUGCUCUCCCAGAGUUCAUAACUCGCUGCCGCAAGAAAAGACCACCUACCACGCAUGUCGAUUUAUUAUGUUGGUUAUUAUCCUGAAAAUAUCAUUUUUACUCUUACUUACAUUCCAUGCUCAUUUACCGCUUCAAUAUUUACAAAUUAAUUUUCUUGGAAGACUGACUACGGAGACUUAACCCAAACUUAUCAAUUUCGAAAUAAAAAAUACAUUCAACAUUUCUUUAUACGUAAAAAUUUGCUCAUAUCUUGAAAUUUUAUUCUAUACCUACUUAAUGUUUGGAAAAAUAUUUUUUUUUAGAAUGAAUGUUACUCAGUUGAACGAAAAUUUGUAAUACGAUUUAAUCCCUGUUGUGAAGCGUUCCCUCCUCUGUUAGACAUAAUUUUUGUGCCAUCAUUUUAGGAUAAGACAUAACACGAAUUGACAAUAUUUUACAUAAUUUUCUUUAUUCUGACGAUGGCGUGACGCGUGAUUGCGAACAAAAACAAUAACAAACAUACAAUGAAAUUCUAUCAAUAAAAAAAUGAGACCAGAUUUCAGUAUAAUUAGAGUAUUCGAUGUUUGUGUGUACUUUCAAAUUAGUAGUGAUUUUAAAGAUAGAAAAUUGCUAUAUUAAAUUUUCAGAAGAUUUAUUAGCCAACAUAUUAUUCGGGAUAAGCAAGUAGAAUUCUAUUAAAAGUUUAAUACGUAUAUUUACUUUUAAGAGUUAGAUAACAUUUUACAUAUAUCUAUUUAAAUGUACUUAAACGUAGAGAUUUACAACGGUAUGCCGCAGAUCGCAGUAAACUGCUUCGGACAGAUCGUUUCGAUAUUUCAGUUUAAGACAUUUUCAAUUGCAAGGGGCCAUAAAAUAAAAUGUUUAAUUCAUCGCACACCACUAUAGCGCUAACAUUUGAUUAGCUCACUCUCAGAUAAUUAAACAUCGAUUAGUUGUCGUAGUUAUUAAA